UUUGCCUGCUGUGACCCAAAAAAGGUAGAAGUCUAGAUGAGAAUCACUUGAUGGCAGAAUGAGAUGUUCUAGUCCAGUCUGUGCAUGCUCCGUGGGGUCAGAUAUGCGCUCUGAGGUGUUAAACUCUCACCUCCUCUUCUUGCCUCCCCUCUGGUGGGUGUGAGACCCUGUGACCUUUCCACCUGUAGCAGAUCGGAUGAAUCUGACCCCUCUCUCAUCCUCAACUCCGCGCCAACAAUAACAAAAAGAGAGAGAGAGAGACGCGGCGCAAAUAAGCGAACCUGUCGACGUCCUUCAGUGCAUCUGUGGCCACAGCUCUAAUUAUCUGCCCACGCCAGGAUGCGCCGCGCCGCGCCGCUUCGCCAAAGCAGAGAAAUGUUUCCGCCUGCUUGUCAUUACCGCUCUCUUGACUGCUGGAUGCAGACGCGCCGCCGCCUCAGCCUCAGCUCGCCCGCCGCGCAAGUUUCUCCACCGUGCGCCUCCGUGUUUCUAAACACUGUUCAGGUGUGAUCUUCCCCGCUUCUCCCAUCUCCCAUCUCGCCGCCCCUGCAGGAAGUGUCUGUACUGUACAUUACUAUGCGAGCAGAGGGGCUGGAGGUCGGCGCAGCCCGGGACUGAUCGCUCUCUGACACCGCGCGCCUCUUCCUCUUCCUCGGACGCGUCUUGGAGGUACAAAAGCUGCGGCUCCGGAUCGCCUUGGUUAGUGCCAUGUCCACGCGAAAGACGUCGUUGACGGACAAGCAGGCUAAAAACGGCACGUCAAAAUAUGUGUUGGAGAGAUGCGCCUCUAUUAACGAGUACUAUGAUGUUGCCUUCAAGGUGAUGCUGCUCGGAGACUCUGCGGUGGGGAAGACGUGCGUCUUGGUGCGCUUUAAAGACGGGGCGUUUCUGGGAGGAAACUUUAUAGCCACCGUCGGAAUAGACUUUAGGAAUAAAGUGGUGGAUGUUGACAACCUGAAAGUCAAGCUGCAGAUCUGGGACACAGCUGGUCAGGAGAGAUUCCGGAGCGUAACGCACGCCUACUACAGAGAUGCCCAGGCGUUACUUCUACUUUAUGAUAUCACCAACAAGCCAUCUUUUGACAACAUCAGGGCUUGGCUGACUGAAAUAUUCGACUAUGCCCAGAAGGAUGUGGUCAUCAUGUUGCUCGGCAACAAGUCAGACAUGGCUGCAGAGAGAGUGGUGAAGACAGAGGAAGGAGAGAAGCUGGCCAAGGAAUAUGGAGUGCCGUUUAUGGAGACCAGUGCGAAGACGGGGGUCAACGUGGAGCUGGCUUUUCUCGCAAUAGCAAAGGAGCUGAAGCACAGAGCAACGCAGCUGCCAAAUGAGCCCAAGUUCAAGCUUCAUGACUACAUCGAAUCUCAGAAGCACAAGUCUGGCUGCUGCAGGCUCGGGUAGCAGAAGCUGAACGCCACGCAGAGAGAUAAAGGGUAGAGAAAGGAUGGAGGAAGGAAGGGUGGGAUUGAAGAUGGGGUCAAGGUAAAAAGAAUAAAGAAAAAAUGUCAGCUCUCUUUUAUGAAAAGCCAAUCCAAGCAACCAUACACCCCACAACCCGUCCCGAGAGGCGGAUGUUCUUCUGCGCAGAGGUUUUGGCUGAGUGGAAGCGAAUCUGGACUUACUGCCAUCCCUUUGCUGAAAUGUGAAUUUAAAUAGUUUGUGUAAUGUGUAGAAACGUUCGUGGUCUUUGUGGUGACAGUUGUAUCGGAGUACAAAUCAGGAGUAACAAUCUGAAAUGCUAUACCCGUCUGCAGGGGCUCCCUUGACAAGCGGCAGGUUUUCAUGGACCAUCAAAGCGACUGUUGAUGUGGAUAUAGCAUUUUAUUUUAUCUUAUUUUCUCUGUGUGAACUGAACCCCAUCCUUCUGGCCUUACAGUCUCCAUCUUCAGUUGAGAGCUCACAGCCAGGUUGUAGCUAAAUGGUCCCAUCUGUUUUCAUCUGUACUGCUGUUAGGUAGAAUAAAGCCAAUAUUUUGAGGGUAAUUACCAACCUCGUGUCUGUCUGUACGUUCAUAUCAAGAUGCUGUAGAUGUAAGGUUCCAGUUAGAACUUCACAUAUACUCGUCAUGGAUGUUAAUGCCACGUUUAUUUAGGCAUUUAAUGAUAUUUUUUAGCGUCCAUUUUCUACGUGUGCCGCUUUUCCGACAUUAAACUUCAAUGAUUUUCCAGGAAAGAACUGGAAGUUUAAUUUACGGUGUCGUUCUCCAACUCGCAGGGUGUCGAAUUGGUCAUUCAACACUGAAGAAGACUUAAAUUUGAUGGUGUCACAUUUUAGUCUACAAUAAGUUUUCAAUACGAAAGCUGUUCUGCAGUUUGGAAGAACUAAUUAAGUCAUUGGUGUCUAGAAAAUGGACAGAAAAUCCUGAUUUUAGUGGUUAAAUAUUUCUAAGAGCCAUAAAUAAACUUCUUGUGUAAUUCUGGCUUAACAUACGUCUUCUUUUCUUAUCAGCACGAGUACAGAUCAGUACUGUUUGGUUUCUCGGGGCAAACCCAGCACAGGGACACAAACUGUACAUUUUCAGUAGAGUAGAACUACUUCCUUAGGUGAAGGGAAUUCGAGAAUAUUCAUAAUAGCCAGCUUUAUCCAUUUAAAAUCCAGUUUUAUUGUGAGUGUUGGAUCAUUGUCCUGUUUGAACACCAAACUGUCACCAAAAUUGAACCGUCUAGUUGUUGACUUUUAAGUAAAGUUGAGGAGUUUGGGGUUAGUCCUCCGUAAUUAUUCCCUGCACCACUUAAAGCACAACUGUACAGUGUUCUUAGGUUUGAAAGUUUUACUUUAGCUCGUCCAAAAUCUCUUCUGGUCGACUAUGAGUAAUGAUGAGCGAGUUAAUGUUUUGUAUCGCAUAAAUAGUUAAAAAUCAUAUAUAAUUUUGUUCACUGGAUAAUCUGGUUGCAUUCAUAGUGUAAGGGAACCCAAUAGGGUAAAUUUGUGAGUAAACUGAGACUGAUGUUUUUGUGAUUUGUUGUUCACCUUCUUGGUCCACACCAGUCUCCCCAAAGGCAUCAAACAAUCGAAUGAAACGAACUCUGGUCCGUUUUACGUGUACCAAAGAGUCCUGAUGCGAAAGUGCCCGAGUGAGCUCAAUCUUUGCCCCAUCUGACUAUAAACCUGAAACAGUGCUCUAAAGUCUACAGGCCUCGUGAAGAGUGAUGCCCUCAAGCCUCUGUGUUCCCUGGGUUGUUUAUUAACAUCCUAAUGAAUUUGGAUCAAGUGGUUAAAACUUGGGGCACAACUUGUGAACCAACAGGACAAUGAUCUCAAACAUCAAAACUGGGUUUGGAUGUGAGAAAAGCAUGCCGGAAUGACCCCUGAUCCCAGCUCAGUUGUACAUUUUAAUGUCUGGGAUUGACAACUGGGUUGGUGUCAGUAAACCGAUCAAUUUAAGUGAACUCUACUUAUUCUGCUUUGAAGGGCAUUCAGAUAUUCCACCUCAAGUUAUAUGUUGCACAGUCGGUCAACUCUGGAAGAACAGUUUCAAAGAAAUCCUUAAAAGUGAAAGCUUACUGGGACUUUCAUAAUUUCUGAGAGCAUACAAACAUCUUACUGGUGCUGUAGUUUCACCUCAUAUGAAUAAUAAUAAUAAAAAACCAUACUCAUACAGAUUCACCACCCCCCAAGCAUUACUGUGUCUCUUCUAAUGAUGGAUGUUGUUGUUGAGGCUGUGCCAAGCUGUAUUUGUUGAUGCACCACAUUCUGUAUUACUUUGUACUCUGUUCAUUAUGAAUGUUUGGUUGUCUCUCCCUCCUCGGAGACGUCACAGUGAUCACAAAGUGCCAUUAAAGUGCUUUGUUAUCGUACGAAAGAUAUAAAAAGUAUAUUUUGUAAUGUA